AUGGCUGUCACUUUUUCUGAUAUUUUCAAAAUCAUCUUCGCUGUCAUCCUUCCACCUUUAGGUGUCUUGUUAGAAAAAGGAUGUGGUGCUGACCUCUGUAUUAAUAUACUCUUAACACUUCUUGGUUAUAUUCCUGAAUACCAUGAAUCCAUUGAUCCAGCCGCUGAUGAUUAUAAAUUAAGAUUUCGUUAUAAAUAUUUGGAAGAGGGUAUAUCAAUCUUUCUAAAUGAUAAUAGAUGUAAAAUUUAUAUUCCCGUUGAUAAUAUUGAAGCGAUUUCAAAAAUACAAUCAAAUGUAAUCGUUUUAACUUUGAAUAAAGAUAAAGAUCAUGCAAGCUCGGUCAAUUAUAAUUCAAAGGAAGGUUAUCUUGAAGAUGAUCCUAUUCGCAAUAAUAUAUAUAAGGCUACAUCAAUUAGUAUGAUUGUUCAAGAGUCAACGCCUCAACAAGUCAUAGAUAUGGUUGGGCUUCAUAUUCAUUACCUGGUUAAUAGAAGCAACAAAGGCACAACAAGAAACCACAAUUCUAUCUGGGGACGAUCUAGUGUAAUUCCAUCUCUUCCGAUGAAAGACAAGGAACUUCUUUUAAAAUGUCAUGUUGGCGCAGACAUACGUAUUUUAAGCUUUAUUCAACCGAUUAGAUAUAAUGUUAUCAAACAAAAAAUACAAGCAGCUUUUGAGAUUGCCGAAAUAUCAAAACUUAAAUAUAAAGAUGAAGAGGGCGAAUUCAUCACAAUUAUUAAUAAUGCUGAUUUUGACACCGCUUCUAAAUUGUAUUUGAAAGGAAAUAAACUUGAAAUUUGGAUUGUCGAAUGA